AAAAAUGGCUAGUUGCUUUGCUCUGGAUCCCUCCAACUCUCUCACGUCGACGAUGCCGAGAUUAAGACAGUCCCUAAUUCUCUCCUUCGCUGUUUGGUUUGUGUUCACGUCUGGUUUAUUUCAUGUGGUUCGACCACAGAACCGAACCAGAGCCACUACUGAUCCUGACGAAGCUCGGGCGUUGAACAACAUCUUCAGGGCGUGGAAGAUAACGGCGACGAAAGCAUGGAACAUAAGCGGCGAACUAUGCAGCGGAGCCGCCAUAGACGACAGUGUCAGCAUCGACAAUUUAGCUUUCAAUCCUCUCAUCAAAUGCGACUGCUCUUUUGUCGAUUCCUCUAUCUGCCGCAUCGUUGCUCUGAGAGCUCGUGGUAUGGAUGUUGCUGGACCAAUUCCUGAAGACCUCUGGACUCUUGUUUACAUCUCAAAUCUGAACCUAAAUCAGAAUUUCUUGACUGGUCCUCUGUCUCCUGGCAUUGGAAAUCUGACUCGAAUGCAGUGGAUGACUUUUGGGGCUAAUGCAUUGUCCGGACCAGUUCCCAAAGAAAUUGGACUGCUUACUGAUUUAAGAUCAUUAGCGAUUGAUAUGAAUAAUUUCUCCGGUUCUCUACCACCUGAGAUUGGAAAUUGCACGAGGCUAGUGAAAAUGUACAUUGGAAGUUCAGGACUUAGUGGUGAAAUUCCUUCAUCAUUUGCUAAUUUUGUGAACUUGGAAGACGCCUGGAUUAAUGAUAUCCAACUUACAGGUCAGAUACCAGACUUUAUAGGAAAUUGGACCAAACUUACUACUCUGAGAAUUCUGGGGACUAAUUUGAGUGGUCCAAUUCCAUCUACAUUUGUGAACUUAAUUUCAUUGACAGAAUUGAGACUAGGUGAAAUAAGUAAUAUCAAUUCUUCUCUUCAGUUCAUUCGAGAAAUGAAAUCUAUAAGUGUCCUAGUAUUAAGGAACAAUAAUCUCACAGGCACAAUACCUUCCAAUAUUGGAGAUUACUUGUGGCUACGACAACUUGAUUUGAGUUUCAACAAGCUAACUGGGCAAAUUCCAGCUCCGCUUUUCAACUCAAGACAGCUUACUCACUUGUUUCUUGGAAAUAACAAGCUGAAUGGUUCCUUACCCACUCAAAAGAGUCCCUCUCUUAGCAAUAUAGAUGUGUCAUACAAUGACUUAGCAGGGGAUCUUCCUUCUUGGGUUCGCCUACCAAACUUGCAACUUAACCUGAUUGCCAACCACUUUACCGUUGGAGGUUCUAACAGAAGGGCUUUCCGCGGACUGGACUGCCUCCAGAAGAAUUUCCGCUGCAAUCGAGGGAAAGGAGUAUAUUUCAACUUUUUCGUCAAUUGUGGAGGCCCGGAUAUCAGGAAAAGGAAAAGGGCGGCUGAUGAAGAAGUGCUAAACAGUCUGCACAUAAGGCCCUACACCUUUAGUUACUCAGAACUCAGAACUGCAACUCAAGAUUUUGAUCCUUCCAACAAGCUUGGGGAGGGAGGAUUCGGACCUGUUUUUAAGGGAAAACUGAACGACGGAAGAGAGCCCUUAAGACCAUCAUUGGCAUUUAGUGUCCAAGGUCCAAAGGUGCUGAUGCUUGCCCUCGUAGCAGCAGCCGCCAUUGUUGAAAUCUCCGUUGACACUGCAGCGCAAUCUCGGUCCAAGCGCGUGCACUCCACCUGCUUCUGGACCCGGCGCGUGAGACGCACUGCUUCGCGUUGAGAUUAGUGGUUAGACCAUUAAUUAAAUUCGAAUUAAGCA